GCAAAGCUGUGGAGGAGCGCAGUGCCUUGGGUGGACCUUCUGCUGUUGGCCAAAGUGAUUUAACUCUCCAGUUCAGUUUAUUUUGUUUACUUAAGUUUUAAAAAAGUGCAACAAAACGCGCAAGACGUGGCUUAAAUGUUCGGGAUCCAGGAGCAUCUGAUGCGAGAAGUGAGCGGAUUAAAAGAGAGAACUCUUGGAGAGGAGAUGGAUCCGGUCCGGUCGUGGGUGCGUAAUGUCGGGGUUGUGGAUGCGAACGUAGCGGCGCAAAGUGGAGUAGCUUUGUCAAGAGCUCAUUUUGAGAAGCAGCCGCCCUCAAAUCUCCGCAAGUCCAACUUCUUCCACUUUGUCCUGGCUCUCUAUGACCGACAUGGCCAACCUGUGGAGGUGGAGAGGACUGCCUUUGUGGACUUUGUUGAACAUGACAAGGAGCAGACAGGGGAAAAGACAAACAACGGUACACACUACAAGCUACAGCUGCUCUACAGCAACGGGGUUCGCACGGAGCAGGAUCUUUACGCACGACUUAUUGACUCUGUCACUAAACAGCCCAUAGCAUAUGAAGGACAAAACAAGAAUCCAGAAAUGUGCAGAGUUCUGCUCACACAUGAGGUUAUGUGCAGCCGCUGUUGUGAGAAGAAAAGUUGUGGCAACCGAAAUGAGACGCCCUCUGACCCGGUCAUCAUUGACAGGUUUUUCUUGAAGUUUUUCCUAAAAUGUAACCAGAAUUGUCUGAAGACAGCGGGAAACCCGAGGGAUAUGAGGAGAUUUCAGGUGGUCUUGUCCAGCACUGUGAGUGUAGACGGCCACGUCCUCGCGGUGUCUGACAACAUGUUCGUCCACAACAACUCAAAACACGGCCGGAAGGCCCGCCGACUGGAACCAGGCGAGUCUGUCGAGAAUAAUAUGGAAUAUGCCACCCCGUGUAUCAAAGCCAUCAGCCCCAGUGAGGGCUGGACCACCGGCGGGGCGAUGGUCAUCGUCAUCGGGGAGAACUUUUUUGACGGCCUGCAGGUGGUGUUUGGCAGCAUGCUGGUGUGGAGUGAGCUGAUCACGCCACACGCUAUCCGUGUCCAGACGCCUCCUCGACACAUCCCCGGGGUCGUCGAGGUCACACUGUCUUAUAAAUCCAAACAAUUCUGCAAGGGGGCGCCUGGGCGCUUCAUCUACACAGCCCUCAAUGAGCCAACUAUAGACUACGGCUUCCAGCGUCUUCAAAAGGUCAUUCCUCGACAUCCUGGUGACCCAGAGAAACUAGCCAAGGAGAUUCUUCUAAAGAGAGCAGCAGAUCUGGUUGAGGCCCUCUACGGAAAUCCACACAGUAAUCAGGACAUGCUUCUGAAACGUGCGGCGGACAUCGCCGAGGCGCUUUACAGUGUUCCCCGUCCUCACAGUCAGCUGCAGGCACUGCCUAGCUCACCAGCCCACGGCAGUGUCAUGGGCCUGGGCUCCUAUCCUUCCCAGUUAGGCGUCAGCAUCGGGGACCACGGACAGAGCAGCCAAGGUUACAUUAGAAAUGCCAGCAGUUUGUCUCCAAGGGGUUACCAGUCAGCCUCCACUCCUCAGCAUUCAAGCUACGGGGGCAGCGGAGGGAUGACUGGAGGCUAUGGGACAGUUCCCAUGACCAGUCUAGGAGUACCUGGCUCUCCUGGUUUCAGCAGCGCCUCUCCCACAGGCUCUCCCUACAUAAUGCCCUCCAGCCCCACUAUACCAGGGAGCUCCAGCUCAUCAUCGUCUCUCUUGCCUUUCUCCUCCUUCCCGUCUGCUGCUAAACAGAAGAGUGCUUUUGCUCCCGUCCUCAGGCCCCAGGGCUCUCCCUCCCCUGCCUGCCCCGGCUCAGGGGGAAACAGCUUCAGAGGUAGCCAUCCAACUCACUAUCUGACCCCCCUGUCUGAGCUCACGAAUGCAGUCUAACCCCCUGUACUAACCGCUCGAAAACCGCUUUGACUGAGCAAGACAGAAAGAAAAGUUGCUGGAUGUACAAUAAUGCAAGACCUGAUUGAUUAGAAUCAUAGAUUUUGUAUAUUUUUUUCUCUCCAGCGAUGACGGGCCUGGUUGUUCCCCUGAUGUAGCAAAGCACCCACCCCAAUCUACCCCAGACCACUGCUUCACUUAGCCCCUCUUUUGGCAAAUAAGAGGGAGGGGAGAACGGAAAAUUGAUCACUAACCAUGUUUAACUUUCCCUCAUGAGCCCCCCAAACUGCCAUUUCUUAGUCCCUUUUUCAUCCAAGUAGAUGAACAGGAUGGGAAACGAUAACGUCCAAAGAACAGCCGUCUACGGAAGAGGCAAAGCACAGUACUUCACCCACAACUACAGACAAAGCUCCCGAGCUAACAGCACCAGACUGGACCAGGUAUCGCCGUGUGUGUACGUCAUGAAGCGUCUGCAUUCUGAAAGGAAACAAAAGGAAAUCUCGAGCUUCAAAAGCAUCUGUAUUUACCUCUGGCCUGCUAUCACAUGCAGCAUUUGAUUCUUCCAACAACCUGCCUAAACCUCGGCCAGAGACGGACAACUCUGAUGUAACACUCUGAGAAGCAGGGUGCUACUUGUCCGUGUAUGGACACCUUAAAUGGCAUGAGUGUAUACUGUCUGUGAGUUAGCGAGAGUUUGGUUUUUUCGUAGACUUUUCGAUGACAAUUAACAUUCCAGAAAAAUAGACCCUUUAUUUUUUGUUCUGAUCUCUACGGUUUUACAAGGGAGAACUCUUUGUCUCAAGGGUCAUUACUAAAGGAAUUCAUAUAUUGAUUUAUUUAAGAACAAGCAAUUUAACUUAUUAUAGUUAGUUUAGGGAAUAAUAUAAACGUGUUUUUAUAAAGUGGUCCUUUUCCAACUGUUAAUGAAAUUAAGUUAUCUCAAUAAUUGGUAAUUCAUUUGCUAAUUGAUCAUAGGGAAUUGAUUUUGUAGUGGAGAUGAUAAACUCCUGCACACUUUUGUGGAAUAAAAUAUCCCCCGUUUUCAGGUUUGCACAUAACAAAAUCUUAAUGUUAUGCCUGCAUCUAAAGAAGGUUACUGUCCUUGUGUAAAGGAAAUAUGUUAGUUAGCUUUAUCAUUUUUUAUUUCACUUAUAUUGCAUGCUUUGUCACACCAAUGCCCUGAUAUUAUUAUUUCAUUCCACAUCGCAAAUUUGAAUUUGUAUGACUAAACGAUUUGACAGUGUCAUUUUAAAUGUCUCAACCAACACAGGUCUCUAGUCACUAUGCAGUACGGUGAAUGAAAGCAUACAACUGCUCAAUUGAAAAGAACGGGGCUUAUUAGGUGUUCAUGAACCCAUAUCAUGCUGUUCGUACUCAUUGAUUUGUGUCAUCACAACACAAACUUCAUUCUCAGGAUGUGAAAACAGAGAACACAAAGAUUAGAUGACAUUUGCAAAUUUGUUUUUAGAGUUUGGUUAAUUUUAUUUAUUUAAAGAAAAUAUUAGCAAUUUAAUACUAUGUUUUUUUGAAGCCAUCGUCCUUUGAAACGGUCCACAAAAUGGUGCAAAUGUGAUUUGUAUAUCUCAAGGUGUAAUUAUAUUUUGUGCUCCAAAUAAAACAAAUAAGUAAAAAAUG